UCCAUCUCCGGGUUUAUCAAACCAUGGCGACCCAUUUCCUCUCUCGCUCCUUCCCCAAAACCCUAGCCCCUCUCUCCUCCUCCUUCCUCUCCCGCUCCCUCUCCACCGCCACCUCCGCCACCACCGCCACCCUCUCCUCCGCCUACUCCCGCUCCUCCCUCUCCCUCCUCCACCGCCUCCGCCCCCUCGCCGGCGCCGCCAUCUCCUCCGCCGGCAAGCUCUCUCCCCCCGUCGUCCGGUGCUUCUCCGCCAACGCCACCACCUCCUCGCUCCGCGAUCCCAACCCCAACUGGUCCAACCGCCCUCCCAAGGAGACUAUCCUCCUCGAUGGCUGCGACUUCGAGCACUGGCUCGUCGUCAUGGAGCCGCCGGAGGAGAACACCACCAGGGAGGAACUCAUCAAGGAGUACAUCAAAACCCUAGCCAUGGUCGUCGGCAGUGAAGAAGAAGCGAGGAUGAAGAUCUACUCUGUUUCCACUAAGUGUUACUUUGCAUUUGGUGCACUUGUGUCUGAAGAGCUUUCAUACAAACUUAAAGAUUUGCCAAAGGUCCGCUGGGUUCUUCCUGAUUCGUACUUGGAUGUUAAGAACAAAGAUUAUGGAGGAGAACCUUUUAUCAAUGGGGAAGCAGUAGCAUAUGAUCCCAAGUACCAUGAGGAAUGGAUAAGAAACAAUAGUCGGGCAAACGAGAGAAACAGGCGCAAUGAUAGACCUAAGAACUUUGACAAUUCAAGGAACUUUAACAACAGAAGGGAAAACAUGCAGCGCAGAGAUUUCCAGAAUAGGGGUGCCCCUCCCAUGCCUAAUCAACCUGGGCCGAAUGGCCCUGGCAACGCUGGACCUCCAAACAACAUGAGUCCACCCAGUAAUAUGCCUCCUCCACCUGUGAACGGAGCUCCAAUGCCUCCUAACAUGAGUGCACCACCAAACUACAACAAUGUGCAGCAGCCGAACAACAACUGGGGUGGAGGGCAGCCGACCUACAAUCAGGGGCCGCCUAAUAACUACAAUCAGGGGCCUCCAAACAACUACAAUCAGGGGCCUCCAAACAACUACAAUCAGGGGCCUCCAAACAACUACAGUCAGGGGCCUCCGAACAACUACAAUCAGAUGCCUCCAAACAACAAUAUGAGAGGGCCACCACCGCCACAAAUGGGAGGACAACCUGCGCCAUCAUGGUCUGAUCCUGCGCAAUACCAAACUAACUAUUCACCUGAGAGGGACAAUGGUGGUGGUCAAAACCGCUAUUGAGGUUACAUGCUAUGCUGCCAUCAGUCUUUGUAGGCAGUCAGGCAUGCUGUAGAGAGAUGUUAGGUGGCUGCGCCUCUAGGUGGUUUUUCAUUUACUAGCUUUGUGUUCGACUCCUUGCUGGGUCGGGACCUGGUUUGCCUUUUAUCUGAGUGGUUAUAAUAUCAUUGUCAUAGCUGGAUGUGAAUAAUCGGAUCAUUCCUUUGCUAUGUAAUAUGAGUUAUUUCAUGUAGUGCACAUAAUUUGCUGAAAGCAGACUGUUUAGUUAUUUU